AUGGCGGCUGCUGUUCCAGUAAAUGCACAGGCCAUGGACUUGCGAAUCCUGCAGUCCAUACCAACUCCCGUGGCAGAUGCGUUGCUCUCGCGGGGGUGCAAGAGUGCAGCCGAUGUGAUAUCUCGGCCCGAAUCUCUAACAGAGGCCUUAAUGCAGCAUCAUAUUGCUGGCCCAGAGCGUGCCAGCAAUAUGCUAGCUGCUUGUCGCCGAGAGGCAGCUUCCAAAGAUGCCUGGAGCUCCGCCGACUCUGCUUUAUCGCUUCUCAGGAAAGGUCACGCUGUUCAGCCUUUGAGGCUUCCCAGCGCAGGCCUGAACGGUCUCCUCGGCAACGCGCUACAGGGCGGAGGAUCUCUACUCGAGGUCUGUGGACUCCCGGGCAGCGGCAAGACACAGUUUUGCCUGCAGCUGUGUGCUGCUGCACAAAUUUCGCAGACCAUGCCUGGCGCCCCGGACUCGCUGGCUGAGGCCAUCUACGUGGACACGGAGGGAUCCUUCGUCCCAGAGAGAUACAUGCAGAUUUGCGAAGCGCUGCUGGCUGAGACAAGGCCAACGCUCGAUGCGGCCUCGGCUGCUCGCCUCCUAGAGGCUGGCAUGCGCAGACUACACGUUUGCCGCGCAUACGAUGCAACGGAGCUAUACUCCACCGUCAAGCAGCUUGGCAGUUUCAUCAAGGGUCGACCUCGUGUUCGUGCCCUUGUUGUGGACUCGAUCGCCUUCAGCUUUAGGCAUGAGCUUAUGGAUAACACCGCGCAGCGUGCCAGGGUGUUGGCGGACCUUGCAGCUACCUUGCGCCGCUGUGGAGCUGAGCACGGGCUGGUCGUUGUGGUCACCAAUCACAUGACAACCAGGUUUGACCGUGAUGACUCAUCGGGUUGGUUGGCACCAGCCCUGGGAGAGACCUGGGCUCAUCAACCCAGCACGCAGCUUCGAUUGGAGAAAACGGACAAUUGGCAGCAGCCUGGGGUGGGCCGUGCAACUCUGACCAAGUCCGUGGAGCAGGCCACCGGCCUUAGCUGCCUCUUCCGCAUCGAAAGGGCGGGGCUGCGUGACCACGGCGGUGUGGC